AUGACAUUGCUGGACAAGCUUUUGCUUCGUAAUAUCGAGUACAAGGGUACAUUUUACUCGAAGUUCCCUCAACUUACUAAUAUCUAUGCCAUUGGUACAAUUGCAUGUAUCUCUGGGCUAAUGUUCGGUUUCGACAUUUCUUCUAUGUCCUCCAUGAUUGGAACUAAAAAAUAUAAGGAGUACUUCAAUCACCCGAAUGCAACAGCUCAGGGUGGUAUAACAGGUGCCAUGGCUGCCGGUUCAUUUCUAGGUUCUUUAUUAUCUCCAAAUUUCUCUGAUACCUUUGGCAGAAAACUAUCAUUGCACAUUUGUUCGAUUCUAUGGAUCGUUGGAAGCAUCAUUCAGAGUGCCGCACAAGAUGAAGCAAUGUUGAUCGUCGGUCGUGUGAUUGCAGGUAUGGGUGUUGGUUUUGGUUCCUCUGUGGCCCCAGUAUAUUGCUCUGAGAUUUCUCCACCAAAAAUCAGAGGAUUAAUCUCAGGGUUAUUCCAAUUCUCCAUCACUGUCGGUAUCAUGCUCUUAUUUUACAUUGGAUACGCUUGUCAUUUCAUCAAAGGUACUGCUUCCUUUAGAUUGACUUGGGGUCUACAAAUGAUCCCGGGGUUCGUCUUGAUAGUUGGUACCCUAUUCUUACCAGAAUCUCCACGUUGGUUAGCUAACCAUGAUCGCUGGGAGGAGACUAUUCAGAUUGUUGCAAACGUUGUAUCCAAGGGUGAUGUGGAAGAUGAACAAGUGAAAUUCCAGUUGGAAGAGAUUAAGGAACAAGUGAUAAUUGAUGCGCAGGCUAAAAACUUUGGAUUCAAAGACUUGUGGAGACCAAAGACUAGAAGAAAGAUUAUUGUGGGUAUUUGUGCUCAAAUGUGGCAACAGUUAUGUGGUAUGAACGUCAUGAUGUAUUAUAUCGUGUACAUUUUUAAUAUGGCUGGUUACACUGGUAACUCUAACUUGGUGGCAUCUUCGAUUCAGUAUGUCUUAUUCGUGCUAGUGACGUUCCCCGCUUUAUUCCUGAUUGACAAAAUUGGUAGGAGACCCGUGUUAGUUGCAGGUGGUGUGUUUAUGUUUUCCUGGUUAUUUGCCGUUGCUGGUUUAUUAGCAACUUACUCAGAACCUGCUCCACAGGGUGUCGAUGGUGAUACCACAGUUACCAUUAGGAUCCCAGAAAAGCACAAGUCUGCUGCUAAGGGUGUCAUUGCAUGUUCUUACUUGUUCGUCUGUUCUUUCGCUCCAACCUGGGGUAUUGGUAUCUGGAUCUACUGUUCCGAAAUCUUUAAUAACAUGGAAAGAGCAAAGGGUUCUGCCGUGACUACUGCGACAAAUUGGGCUUUCAACUUUGCAUUAGCUAUGUUUGUUCCUUCUGCAUUCAAAAAUAUUUCGUGGAAGACGUAUAUCAUUUUUGGGGUCUUUUCUGUAGCAUUAACCGUUCAGUGUUUCUUCAUGUUCCCAGAAACAAGAGGUAAAACGCUAGAAGAGAUCGAUCAAAUGUGGGUUGAUAACAUCCCAGCCUGGAAAACAGGUAGUUACAUUCCACAAUUACCUAUUAUUGAAGAUGAAGAAGGAAACAAGCUUGGAUUAUUGGGUAAUGUGGAAUAUGUAGAACGUGUCAACUCUAAGGAAGAGGGUUUGAUACUGCAAAGUUCGGUUACUGAUUCCAACAGUCAAUCUAAUUAA